UGGGGGCCGAUUGGACCCAAAGGACACGUCAUUCUUCAGCCCCGCCAUCAGCUUCUGUACGUUCUUGUCACUCGACGAAGAAAUAUCGAGUCUGCUUCUACAGGAAAUUAGCGCCUUUGCUACAUAGUUAGGCAUGCCCCUCGCUUAAGCGAUGGUUGUUUUCAUGCUAUAGCAAGACGACCCUGAUGUCGGAAAGGCUUACUAGGAAUGGGAAGCAGAGACACAACGAAACGAGACGAGAGACAUGGGACUAGGCCGCUUCUCGUUCACGCUAGGUGCUGCUAAGAAUUGGGCCUUCAUUAUGACGAGCUCGGGAUACAUAGGACUUACUCCCAAGUGGACGCAGAUAGGCGAUCAGGUUUGUGUCUUGCCUGGAUGCUGCGUUCCAGUGGUUCUGCGCUAUGCGGAGGGAUGCUAUUCCCUGGUUGGCGAGUGCUUUGUCUUGGGCUUGAUGGACGGGGAGAUGUUGGAUAGCAGUGACUGGGAGGCUCAACUACGUGACUUUGAUAUAGUUUGACAGGAAUAAAGCAUAGAUAGAUUCCUCCUUUAUGUUUGCCUCACGAUUGGAGAUUCCCUACAGUGAGACCCUUAUAUAUACUAAGUGAAUUAGCUAGCGGAGCGUAAAUAGAG